CACAACAACUGUACUGAGCAAACCACACUCACCAACCUGUUAGCAUACCGUAUAAAACUAUAAAAGUACUGUAAUCUACAAGCAAAGAAGAUGGCUUCACGGCACUACACACAUGACGACUUAUACGACGCAGUAUCUAACAGAAAAUGGGGUCAAGUAAGACUUAUUAUCAGAAACGAGCCUGAACUCGUAAAUGAGAAAUGGGCCGGCGUCCUCCCGUUAUUAUAUCUGAUUGUGUUCUCCAGCGCACCACGUGAUGUCAUCAGUGAGAGUUUAAAAUCAGCGACGGCAGAAGCUGUGGACUACGUGGACGACAGGGCCGAUCGUGAUUGUAUUCUACAUCGCAUUGCGGCACUCGGCUACGCUGAGCAACUGAGAGCAGCACUCAGGAUUUCUGCACGCAAUGUGAAUUUGCAAAACUACUGGGACGGCAAUACUCCACUUCACAAGUUGUUAAAAUUUAACCAUUCGUAUGGAGAUCACAUAGACAUAAGUAAUUACUUGAUAAAGGCUGGAGCGAAUGCCAAAUUAAAAAACAAGGAUGGUCAAACUCCAGCUGAAGUGUAUGUGAACAACAAAUGUGAAAAGUAUGAUUCUACCAACAAAGAAAAACAAAAAGAAAUGCUCAUGCAUCUCCUACAAACGCGGAUGGUUCCAACGGAAUUCUUGGCGCGUGGGACCGAAGCAGUGGAAGCUUUUAAUGAUGCUCUAGCUGAGGGAGAAACAGAGGUUAAUCAAGGACGGACAGUUUUCAUGGGCCUCGAGAAAGUCGGGAAGACAUCUACAAUCAAGUCAUUUUUAAGGAAUACUUUUGAUCCAAAUGAGGGUAUUACGGACGCAAUUGCCAAAACAACGGUGUGUACACAUGAAUCACACAAUGAAUUGAAUUGGAAGGAAACAUCACCAGAUCAUUCUGGUGUCAGUGAUAUAUUUAAUGCGAUAAUGGCAGAUUCCAUAGCGAAGAAAAUAUUAGAAAAAGAAACAGAGAAGAAUGUAGAAAACGUGUUAUCACCAACUAAAGCAGAGACGAAAUACAGUCCAGGGCAAUCAUCAUCAAAUUUUGACGCCAAAAACCCAAAUAUAGAACCGGAUGUAAAAACUAAGAAGAGGACACAGUCGAUGAAAAAGGUUCCUGAAAACAUCGUCGAUGAAGUCCAGGAGAGAAUAAAAGUACCCCUACUCAAGUUCAAAAGAGAUGAAACAAGUGAUUGGCAACCAUCUGGCAAUGAAUUUAUUAUGAACAUCUGGGACUUUGGAGGCCAACCGAUAUAUCAUGUGAUACAACGAAUUUUCAUGGUAUGUUUUGCCGUUGUUUGUGUGGUAUUUAACCUAGAAGAUGACCUUGACGCUCCAGCUAAAGUCAAGGAUCCGACUACUGGUGAAAUGUAUCAACAUCGAAUGACAAAUCUUCAGUUCAUUCUUUACUGGAUUCGUUCAGUAUACACAAACAGUAGAGAUUCAAAACUGGAUGAUGGACAACUUUCACCGCCAGUACUAGUGAUUGGUACGCAUCUAGGCAGCCUCGAGGGGAAUGAAGAGGAAAAGAAAAGAAAAGCAGAAGAAAUAUUCAGUAAAAUUCGGGAAGCAUUGGAAGGAAAACCUUAUGAAGCAUUGGUGUUCCCUACUUUCUUUGCUAUUGAGAACAGCUUACCGUUCGCCAGGAGCAAUGCUUCUAACAUCAUGGACCAAAUAUUAAAGUUUGCAAAGAAGAUGGUUAGAAAACUACCUUUGAAAUGGUUGCUUGUUCAACAGGAAAUCCAAAAGUUGAAAGUGAAGCAUAUCUACCUACCAACCAAAAAGGUGAUCGCUUUAGUUAAGCGGUUUGGAGUCAAACAAGAUGCUCAAAGGGUACUGCUUGAGUAUCUACACGACCUUGGCGAGAUUCUCUACUUUCCUGAUGACGAAUCCUUAAAGGAUAUUAUUGUUUUGGAUGUGAUGCAAUUAGUGGACAUGUUUAAAACAAUAAUCACUGUUAUUGACCCUGAACUUAGGAAACAAAAACACUUAGAGGCUUGGAGGAAAUUGGACACAGGGGUCCUUGAGGAGCAUCUGUUAAGACAUUUGUGGAAGAAGUUCAAGUUUUCAGAUACGACAUUCGACUUCUUUGUAUCUCUUAUGCAGAAGUUUGGACUGGUGUGUGAGAAAAACAUUACAAAGGGAAGAUUUUAUGGCCCUUUGCAAGUAAUUCGACGUGAACGUAUACGUAUUUUCUACGUUCUUUCACGUUUAAAGCCUGAACGUAUUGAUAUGCCCACUAAGGAUGAUGGGAAGCAUGCAGUUUCAAUCUUUCAUGACUUUGGUCGGUAUCUACCAGACGAUCUAUUCCAGCGAGGAGUAACUAAGUUCAUAGAGAAAUUCCAAGUAAAAGAUGAUGAGCCUAAAUUGUCGUAUGAGCAUGUGGAGUUGAAUAUCGAUCAAUUUCACAAAGUGGUUAUGAGUGUAGCAACAAUCAGGAAUCGCCGUAUGUUUAAGACAACGAUCGCAAUCUUGGAACCCAGUCAGGAAGUUGAGCCCUCACCGACAGUGUGUAAAAAG